AUGGCCCUCUUGGCCGACAUCGAGCCCUGCCAGGAGCGCUUGUCCUCCGCGAAGCAGGAGGUGGCUACUGGUCUCGGGCAGAAGCUUUCAGAAGAUGACAUGAAAGACAGAGCGAUGUCCGAAGUGGAAGUUCCCCUCCUCAAAGCUCUGGACCCGAACCCGGACAAUGCUGAACUGACCAAGCUGCCUUUCUACGACCCACACGAGCUGCUGAACUGGUUGGUCAGCACAGGGCGUGUAGAUGUCAACGAGAACGACAUUAAGACAUGGUGGGAGCACUUCCAUCGACUUGAUGUGGAGUGGGCGCGCAACUUUCGUGAUGAGGAUUGUAAAUGCAUCCCGGUGUCUGUCCCUCUGCUUAUAAUGAUCAGUUCAUACGCUUGA